GUAACAUCGACACGCCAGCAGCACGAAUCCGCCUACACCCACCACCGCCGACCGCGCACCGCCCCAUCGCGACCGUCCGACGACCCGAGCGCAUCUUUUAUCGAACGGCGCCGACGAGCAGCGAGCAUCUGAUGAGAGCAGCAGGAGCAGACGGCCACUGAGGAGGCGUCACCUCGCGUGAGGGAGACAGGACAGGACAGGACUACGACGGCCGCAGCCUGUGCUCCGUCGUGCUUGGCCCCAAUCGCCAGUCGCAUCCGCCGCGUCUCCUCGCAUCGCCAGAGCGCAGGCGACAUCCAUUUGUGCCAGUUGAGGCGUCGCCGCGAUGGCCUAUCCGAUGCAACCCCAGGCCCCCAAGCAGCCGCCGAACCCAUACCCACCCUACGGAGCUCCGCCAUCUGCCUCUCCUCCCGCCCAGUCCGCAUUCGCCCCGCCUGCUAAGCGACAGCGCCUGUCUCCAGAUCCUAGGUCGCCCGCUGGCAACAGUCCGGUGUAUGCGCAGUCGCCCGUGUACGGAAAUUAUGGCCAUUCGCCGGUGCAGUCUCCAUAUGCGCAGCAAUAUGCAUCGCCGCAGGGCUCCUUCAAUACGCCCCAGCAGUAUUCACCGCCAGCCGGCCAGUGGUCAGCUUCACAGCAACAGCAGUCGCAGUACCAGUCCAUCCAGCAGCGGCCGACCCAGAUUAGCCCGCCUCCGCCGUCUAGCUCACAUCUGAUGCCCCCUCCACCCCGACCCAAGGAGGACAAAGAUGAGAAGAUCGGAGUCGAUGAUAUUGGGGACAGUCUAUUCGGCAGCGGCAUUAAUUUGAAGGACGAGGAGAACUAUCUGCACAACACAUGGCACAAUCGUCAUGCGCAGAAUGAAAGCUUUCAGACGAAUAAUUCUACGUCAUUCGGCUCAAAUGGCUCGAGCGGGAACAAUAGCUACGGGUACUUAACCCAAGGCACAUCAUUUGGCAGCCAAGGGCAGAAUGGCGCCUUCGCAGGAACUACCGGCCGGCCACUGUCGCAGGAGGAUAUCGAGAGCGAAGCACGGAGGAAGCGAGAGCAGGCGGCUAGAAGACAGGCAGAGCAACAGUCCCAUCACUUGAACAACCAGUUCCUGUCGGGAAAUUGCGUGAGGAAGCGAAUGCACCAGCGAGCGAUGGAGAAUGGUGUGAAACUCGACAUUAAUGGCGUGUACGUCCGGAAUCCGGAACCGCAGCAACAGCCCCAGGUCAUGGUGAACGGUGACGGCACGACAGGAAUCGCUGUCGUGAAGACUAAGCCGGAAGCCAUGAUCGAAUCGGGUGUUCCAUAUGAGCACAUGCUUACGCUUCUGAGUCUGGCCGCACAGGAGCGCAUGCGAGGAGUGGUAGACGAGGCGUACGCUCUGGCACGUGCCCGACGAUAUGGUGAUCAUGGUAGAGUAAUUCCUGCCGAUUUUGCAAGCAUCUCCACUGGGCUGGGAAAGCAGAGUCACGAAACCAUCGUCCCGGAUAGUGUGACCGGUUCGCAAUGGGACCGACCUGCGGAAACGCCUCUAGAAGAGAACAACGGCGAUGCACAGGUUAAUGGGCUAAAGUCUACACCAUCACCAGGACCAGUGCAGACUGUUGCAUAUCAGGGGAGCUUGCAUCUCAAGCUACGUGAAAUCGCAGCGAAAGACGCGCAAGCAGAGAAAGAACGUCUGAAGAAACGCGAGGCUCGCAAGCGCAAGGCUGAGUCGGGUGAGGGCGCAACUCCCAUGGACAUUGCUCCUGAUACACCCACCGAGGCAGUUGCCCCAGCCGCGCCUAAGAUCAGCAAAAAAGAACAGAACAAGAAAGCAAAGGAACAGACGGCCACUACCGUAGCAGCGGCCUUGACUCAAUCAAAUCAGACGGCUGCCAUGAUGGCUCUUGGAGGCAAGAAGAACAGGUACUCGUGGAUGAACAAACCAGACAGCAAGGAUGGGACCACCAACCGCUUCGCCAAGCCUGCCAGUGGAACAUCGACACCAAAGCCCCAGUCUGGGCCGCAAAAUGGUCCUGCUGAGGCUAAAAAGGUCGAAGAAAAGAAGGCACCCCAGUGGGGCGAAUGGCGCGAAGAUGAUGUCCAUGGCAAAGGCGUUGAGCUUCGCGACCUCAUCCUCAUUCUGGACCGCGACGGCAAGGACAAGCGGACGUUGGCCAAGGCGUUGAUGAAACUACCCAUCGACUCCAAGUAGGGCUUUCCGAGUCGACUCCGGCGAAGCCUUGGGCGCAAGCCUGUCAGAGCAGCCAGCGGAAGACUCCUUACAGCUUGAUGCAGCGGCUGCGUCUCACCUGUUGCCCCUGAUACGCCAAGAUUGAUUCAUGGAAUAUGAUGCUCGAGCCCUGGCCUUUGACAUCAGGACGCCGACUACGAGGACUUGUAAAGGGUUGGUCACGAGCUUUCAGAUGUCCUUUGUUCUCAUGACUCUUUUGAAGUUUCUAGCGAGGCGUUGAGGAUGGGUGGGAUGAAAAGCAGAAAGACUGCUUAUGGAGCACAGAGGCUCUUUGUAUCUACACUUCGAGACGUUGUCCAAAUAUUACUUCAACUCCUGAGAUGACUGAAUGUUGGGAGUCCAUGGCACAAUUGAAUUAUGCCAUGCUUGAG